AUGAAUGAAGAAACCAGCAGAGCACCACCACCACAACAACGACCAUCUUCAGCAGCACCACCAGCAUCAAGAGCACGACCAACAACAAGAAAGCCCGCAACUUCAGUUUUGCCACAUCAAACCCCAAGACUUAGAGACCAUUAUUUGUUUGGCAAGAAACUAGGACAAGGUCAAUUUGGAAUCACGUAUCUAUGUACCCAUAAAGCAAGCAGCGCUCUUUAUGCCUGCAAAUCAAUUUCAAAGAGGAAACUUUUAUGUAGAGAAGACUAUGAGGAUGUUUAUAGAGAGAUUCAGAUCAUGCACCAUUUAUCAGGGCAACCAAAUGUGGUGCAAAUAAAGGAUACUUAUGAAGAUUCCAUGUUUGUACAUUUGGUUAUGGAGUUAUGUGCAGGUGGUGAGCUUUUUGAUAGGAUCGUGGCAAAGGGACAUUAUAGCGAGAAAGAGGCUGCUAAAUUGACCAAAAACAUAAUUGGGGUGGUUGAGUAUUGUCAUUGUUUGGGGGUUAUGCAUAGAGAUCUUAAGCCUGAGAAUUUCUUGUUUGAUAAACCUGGUGAUGAUGCCAAGCUCAAGACUACAGAUUUUGGCCUUUCUGUCUUUUACAAGCCAGGACAAUAUUUUUAUGAUGUAGUUGGGAGUCCGUAUUAUGUUGCACCAGAGGUUUUGCUUAAGCACUAUGGUCCUCAAGCAGAUGUCUGGAGUGCGGGUGUUAUCCUUUACAUCUUAUUAAGUGGGGUUCCGCCUUUUUGGGCAGAAACCGAUUCAGGAAUCUUCAGACAGAUUUUACAAGGAAAACUAGAUUUAGAAUCUGAUCCGUGGCCAAAUAUCUCAGAAAGUGCCAAAGAUUUGAUCAGAAAGAUGCUUGACAGGGACCCGAAGCAAAGGAUUACUGCUCAUGAAGUCUUGUGUAACCCAUGGAUUGUAGAUGACAGAGUUGCUCCAGACAAACCUCUUGAUUCUGCAGUAUUGUCACGUCUGAAGCAUUUCUCAGCGAUGAAUAAACUUAAAAAGAUGGCUUUGCGUGUCAUAGCAGAAAGGCUUUCUGAAGAAGAAAUUGGUGGUUUGAAAGAGUUGUUUAAAAUGAUUGACACAGACAAUAGUGGGACAAUAACAUUCGAAGAACUUAAACACGGUUUGAAGAGAGUUGGUUCUCAGAUGACAGAAACUGAAAUCAAGGAUUUGAUGGAUGCGGCUGAUAUAGACAACAGUGGAACCAUAGACUAUGGUGAAUUUCUUGCUGCUACUUUGCACUUAAAUAAGAUGGAGAGAGAGGACAAUUUGGUCGCAGCUUUCUCCUAUUUUGACAAAGAUGGUAGCGGCUACAUCACGAUUGAUGAACUUCAACAGGCCUGCAAAGAUUUUGGUCUUGGUGAUGUACAUCUGGAUGAGACAAUCAAAGAAAUUGAUCAAGACAAUGAUGGGAGGAUAGAUUAUGGGGAGUUUGCUGCAAUGAUGAGAAAGGGUGAUGGAGGAGUUGGGAGGACCAGAACCAUGAGAAGCAACCUGAACUUUAAUUUGGCUGAUGCUUUGGGGGUUGAAAAUGCAACCUCAGAUGCUAAAUGAAGGCAAUAGUUUGUGCAGCUACGAACUUGAAACAGCAGAAAUUGGAAUAGCUAAAUUCUGAAAGCUAGCCCUUUUCUGCGUUGCGAGGAUUAUGUUAUUCUUAAGUUACCCAAUUGAAGCUUUACAGUAGCAUCUCAUUUAUCAUUGUGGUUUAACCACAGAAACAGAUGCCAACACCAUUGACUUUCUAGCCACAAGACUCUGACAUUGUUGUAGAUGUAAUACUUUGAGACACAGUGGCAAUUGUCACAUUCUGUGCGAACUGCAGAAAAUGUACAAAAUGCUUGCUACUGUGAUAAUAAAUCCUGUUACUUUCAUUAAA